UUCAUAAAUAUAUAUAACUGUGCGAUAGAGAGAGAGAGAGAGAUCGUGAGACCCAGUGAGAGAGGAAACGUUUCUCUCUUGUCUUGUUUGUUUGUUUGUAAUCUCCGUCCCUUUUUCGUUGAUUCGAAUCUAGAGACUUAGAUGGCGGCUGCGAAGCUCGUGGCUUUGUUACUUCUUUCCCUGCUUUUCACCACCUCCGUCUUCGCCGACCCGGAAACUGUUGACCCUGCUGGAUCCGAAUCCGAUGAUGGCUCCUCUUCGAUCCAACUUGAUCAGCUUAAUGCCAAGAUCCGUGCCCUUGAAUCUCAAAUCGACGAGAAAGCCCGGGAAGUUCAGGGAAAAGACGAGUUAGUAGCAGAGAAGGAAAAACUUCUUAAAGAUAGGGAAGACAAGAUUGCUUCCUUGCAGACUGAAGUCUCAUCACUACAAAAAAAGGGAUCAUCAGAUUCUGCAAAACAGUUGGGAAAGGCUCAAGCACGAGCUGUUGAAUUAGAGAAGCAGGUAGAGGUACUCAAGAACUUCUUGGAGCAAAAGAACAAAGAGAAAGAUUCCACAGAAGCUCGUACUAAUGAAGCUGAGAAAAAACUAAUUGAACUUAACUCCAGCCUUGACAAACUUCAGAAAACAAAUGAAGAGCAGAAGAACAAAAUAGGAAAACUUGAACGUGCUAUUAAGAUAGCUGAGGAAGAAAUGUUGAGGACGAAGCUUGAAGCAACCACAAAGGCCAAGGAACUGCUGGAGGCUCAUGGUUCAUGGCUUCCACCUUGGCUUGCUGUUCACUGGUUGAAAUUUCAGACUUAUACCGAGACUCAUUGGGAGGCCCAUGGGAAACCUGCUGUGGAGACAGUAUUUCUAAAGGUGACGGAAGCAAAAGCUCAAGCUGAGAAGUGGGCUGAACCACAUGUGGAAAACGUUAAAACUAAAUAUAUUCCAGCCAUCAAGGAAACCGUUACUACACAUGUUGAGCCACAUGUUCGAACACUAUCCAUCAAAGCUAAAGAGACUUACCAUGCAUCAAAGAGUGCUGUUUCCCCUCACAUUGUCACGGUUCAAGAAUUUGUAGACCCCUAUUAUCAGGAGGCCAAAAAGUUCAGCAAGCCAUAUGUUGACCAAGUGGCCACGACCACAAAACCACAUGUUGAUAAAAUAAAGGUUGCAAUGAAACCUUAUACAACCAAGGUGAUCAUCGUCUAUACAGAGUUUCUUGAAUCCGCCACAACUUACCACCAUCAGGUCCAAGCCCAUGUCGAACGAAAACUGAAAAACCAUGAGCUGACGGAGCCUUUUGCUACCAAUGAGUUUGUUUGGUUUGCGGCCUCUGCAUUGUUGGCAUUACCCGUCUUCAUUGCUUACAGAGUGCUCUGUUCUCUCUUCUGCACAAAGACAAAGAAACCUGUAAAACACCCUCACCACCAUGGUCGUCGUAAGGCCAAAAGGGGCCACACUGACAAGUGAAAUUCAUUGUUCCACGCACUCAAAAUAGUCGAGGUCAUGAGGUUAAAACGCCUUUGUGGCGGACUGUUCUAAGGUCAGGUCACCGGACAGGUUGCUUUUUGAAUCAAGGGAAAACCUCGAAUUGGUGUCUGAUGGGUUUUUAGAGGCUCUUUGUCCAAAAGUGUUGAUUUCUUUCCUUGAUAUUUUGUAUUGUUUUGGACAGUUUUUUUCCAGUAUUUUUACACAGAAGAUUAGACAUUUACUAGAGAAAAUCUAGCAAAGCUUGGUGUAUUUUAGUGUAUUUUUCCAUUUCACGUGGAUAUAUUGCGAUCAUUAAUUUAUUUCACACUCUUUUCUUUCUCUUCAA